UAAAAAUGGCAGCCCCCAUCAAUGUUACGAUGCUUUUGAGAAGUAUAGGAAACUUCGCAUUUGGUAAAGUGCGCGGAUGCAGCGUACUGACACUACGAUUACGAGGUUGUAUGUCGACGUCGUCGACGAGAAAAGAUUCGAGCAACGAGGGAGUAUCAAAACCCGUGAAGCGAUCUGUUGGGAGAACAGCAGAUGAGCAGCUGGCUAUGAUGAGGCGGCAGCCGACGCAGCCGGACGACCCGCACAUGCUCUCCGUCGCCAUCAUAGGCACGCCGAACACGGGAAAGUCGACCCUCACGAACAAACUCGUCGGAUGGCGCAUUUGCUCAGUCUCGAAGCGAGUUCACACGACAAGAAGAAAGACUCUAGCAUUGAUCGUUGAAGGAAAUACACAGAUAAGAAUAUUGGACACACCUGGCUUAAUCAGCAAACACCACGGCAAAAAACAUCAUUUGGAAACGUCACUGAUUUUGGAUCCAGAGAGAUCUUUAGAAGAAGCUGACCAAAUUGCGGUGAUGGUGGACGUGACGAACAGUCUCUCGCGCUGUGCACUCGACUUCCGCGUUCUCAGACUCCUGCAUCUCCACCCGCACAAGAAAUCCAUCCUGAUUCUGAACAAGAUAGACCUGCUGCGUUCACGUCUCGACCUUCUCACGAUCACGCGCACGCUCACCCGCGGCACUGUCGGCUCUCACAUAGACCUGCUGCGUUCACGUCUCGACCUUCUCACGAUCACGCGCACGCUCACCCAUGGCACCGUCGGCUCUCACGCGACCUCUCAUGACCUCACGCGACCUCACAUGACCUCACGUGACCCUUGUAUAGACCUGCUGCGUUCACGUCUCGACCUUCUCACGAUCACGCGCACGCUCACCUGCGGCACCGUCGGCUCUCACGCGACCUCUCAUGACCUCACGCGACCUCUCAUGACCUUAC